AUAUUAUUGGCAAGUUGGGAAGCAAAAAGCACAGUAAUCUCAUUUCAUGGCUUCUCUAUUCUUACAAUUUCUUGCACUACUUGCAGUGAUAUAUAUUCUUCAAGAAUUACACAAAAAAAUCAUGAAGGAAAAGAAAAAACUUCCUCCAGGCCCAAUAGGGCUUCCAAUUAUAGGAAAUCUCCAUAUGAUUGGCGAAAAUGUCCACCAAGAUCUUCAUAAAAUAGCCAAAGAAUAUGGUCCCAUAAUGAGCAUGAGAUUUGGUCUAGUUCCUGUGAUUGUAGCUUCAACUCCUUAUGCUGCUGAACAGUUCUUGAAAAACCAUGAUCUUGUUUGUGCUAGUAGACCAAAUAAUAGAGCUGCUCAAUUAAUCGCGUACAAUCAGAGAAAUUUGACAUUCGGAAAAUAUGAACCUUACUGGCGAAAUAUGCCAAAGUUGUGCACGUUAGAAUUGGUUAGUACUCUCAAGAUCAACUCAUUUCAAGCCAUGAGAAAACAAGAAGUUGCAACUUUUGUGACUUUUAUCAAUCGGGUAGCUUCUAGUGGCGUGGGAGUUGAUAUUAGUGCUAAACUUGCUUCAUUAGGUGCUAACAUGGCUUGUUUAAUGGUAUUUGGAAAAAAAUACAUGGAUGAUGAAUUUGAUGAAAGGGGUUUUAAGGAUGUGAUUCAAGAGGCUAUGGUUAUAGCAGCAACGCCACAUAUUGGCGAGUUUUUUCCUUUUCUUGAGAAGUUUGAUUUGCAGCGAUUUGAUCGUCGUAUGAAGAAAUUGGCAAAGAUUUUUGAUGAUUUUUUAGAGAGAGUUAUUGAUGAGCAUAUUCAAGAUUCAAAAGAACAUAAGCAAACAAAGGAUAUUGUUGAUACUAUGAUGAGUAUUAUGCAAUCUGGUGAAGCUGAAUUCGAGUUCGAUCGUCGUCAUGUCAAAGCUAUUUUGCUGGACAUGCUAAUAGGUUCAAUGGACACCUCAUCAACAGCAAUUGAUUGGAUUUUUUCUGAACUUCUAAGGCACCCUAAAGUAAUGAAAAAACUACAAAAUGAGUUGGAACUAAUAGUUGGCAAAAAUAGAAUGGUGGAAGAGUCUGAUUUGGAAAAAUUGGAGUACUUAGACAUGGUCAUCAAAGAAGGCUUUAGGCUUCACCCCAUUGCACCACUAUUGAUUCCUCAUGAAUCCAUUGAAGAUUGUACAAUUGAUGGCUUUGAUAUACCUAAAGGUUCAAGAAUUAUAGUAAAUACUUGGGCAAUUGGAAGAGAUCCAGAAGUUUGGCCGGAACCCCAGAAGUUCAUGCCAGAAAGGUUUAUUGGUAGCAAUAUCGAUCUUCGUGGACGUGACUUUCAACUUUUACCCUUUGGCUCUGGAAGAAGAAGUUGUCCUGGAUUACAAUUAGGGCUCACAAUCGUUCGCUUGGUGCUAGCACAAUUGGUUCAUUGUUUUGACUGGGAGCUACCACAUGGUAUGAUGCCAAGUGAUUUAGACAUGACUGAGAAAUUCGGUUUAGUUAUGGCUAGAGCUCAACAUCUAAUAGCUAUUCCUACUUAUCGAUUGCAUGUAUAGUUGAUAUUAGGAUGUCAAAUGGGUAUGUUGGGUUGAGUUGAUCUAAGGAUAUUAAAUGAGCUUGAGCUUAAUUUCGGUAGGUCAAAAUGAAUGGAGUUAAACAAAUGAGGCAGGUUAGUGACGGGCUAAACAAUGAGUCAUAGCCCAAUCCGGCCAACUCUUACUAGGUUUAUUUCUUCAUUUGUUUUCUUAUAAUUUGUUAGUUAUCAUACAAAAUUAGUUAAAAAAUAUCUAUUAUUUUAAUAUCCUUUCAAGACUUUUCUUUGGUCAAUUUGAAUUAUAUAUUUAGCUCAAAUUCAACCCAACUCUUAGAUGAACAAAUUUGAACGGGUUAAAAUGAAUUGAGUUAAUAAAUGAUUCAAGAAUAAAUGUUUGUAUUUAUAUAUUGUGUUUUAAUCUC